AUGGCAGCACCUUGCGAUAGCUCUAAUAUAGCUCAGUUGUGGACCCCUAAUGGCGACCUCCUUAUCAAUGAUGCCUCCGGUCUUUGCUUGGAUAUCAUAACUUCUACCCUCUCCGGUGUUCCCUGCAACAAUGGGUAUCCACAGCAUUCACCUAAUCCCAACCAACAGUGGUCACGUGCCGGAAGUCAGCUCAAAUCAGUUGGAACAGGUGGUCAGAACCCUGGUCAGUGCGUCACGAUUUCUCCCAUGUCCCCAUCAGGUUACAACUGGAUGCUAGCGACAUGCUCUUCAUCCAACUCGGCCCAAACGAUCAACACCCAAGGUUCAUUGAAUUCCAACCCCAAUCUUGGAAGUGUUCUAUCUCCUCCAUCUCCAAAGAGCUAUGCCGACCAAUCACUGGCCCAGAAUGUUCUUGGUUUAGGCGCGGCAGGCCUUCGUUUAGCGACUCCAUUUUUUGUCGUCGACCCAGGCAAUCCACUGACUACAUGGUCAGAGGGAUCCCUUGUAAAGAAGGGAUUUUAUGGAGUCCUUGAGAGGGGUGACCCAACCCAGACUAUAUCUCGAUUUAACCUUCCCCUCUCAUCUGGCCUUCUAUCUACAGUCUCAUCAGUCCUCGGACUCACCAUAGCCAUCGAAAAAAAGAUGGAACUUGCAAAAAUGUACUCCCAAAUGCUUCAGGAGGCGCAGAAGAUCGUCAGCCAGGACAUUGAUGACAGUGUCUACGCCCUAGUCAACUCCAAUCUCCAGGGUUUGGCAAAUCUCAUUCAAUCGUACUACGCACCUGCGAUGACCAGUUGCAAUGUAUCUUCAAGCUACAAGGCCAGUAUCCUCACAUCGUGUCUGGCUGUGGUUGCGGCCCAAGAAUCAGUCUACCAGAACCCCGCCUAUAGUUAUCUCCUACUUCCUAUCUUUGCUCAAUAUGGUGGUAUCCAACUCUCUAUCCUCAGAGAUGCCGCUCUCUAUGGACCAAGCUUUGGUUUGCCGCAGAACAUGAUCGAUUGGUUCAGUAACCAAUUGGAUACCAAGAUUCAAAGCUAUUCAUCAUAUGUUAAUGGCACCAUCUCUUUCUACAACGCCAAUACCUUUCAAGUUUCAUACACUGGAGACUUUAAUUAUAAGUCCAACGCUUAUGAUCAAUGGAAUGCGUUCAGCAAUGCUCUCUCCUUCCAGCAAUCGAAUGUCCUAUUCUUUUCAAGCAAUUGGGCAAAGUACAGUCUCACGGCUAAUCCAAACGGCGCCGAUAUUGAUCCUCUCCCUGGCUUUAUCACUUCCUCGGCAAUUGGAGGCGUGAGCUUUUCUUCAAGUUCACAACCACCACAAUAUGGAGCAAAUAUGCCACCUUCAUCAUUCCUCAAGGUGGAACAUCAAGUCAAGUUGUGUAUUCCAAGACCGUUGCUGUGA